AUGAGCAGCAACGUGCGGGCCGCGGCGUCCGCCCUGAUGCGGGGCAAGACGGUGAUCAUCACCGGGGCCAACUGCGGCAUCGGCAAGGCCACGGCGGCCGAGCUUCUGCGGAGACAGGCCCGCGUGAUCCUGGCCUGCAGAGACCGAGGGAGGGCGGAGGAGGCGGCCCGGGAGCUCCGGCUGGAGACCGGCGACCACGGGGAGAUCGUAGUGAAGGAGCUGGACCUGAGCUCGCUCCGCUCCGUUCGCCGCUUCUGCCAGGAGGUGCUGAAGGAAGAACCUCAUCUUGAUGUCCUCAUCAACAAUGCUGGAAUCUUUCAGUGCCCUUACAUGAAAACUGAGGAUGGCUUUGAAAUGCAAUUUGGGGUCAACCACCUAGGUCACUUUCUCCUCACUCAUUUGCUCCUUGGCCUUCUGAAAAGCUCUGCCCCAAGUAGGAUUGUGGUUGUCUCCUCCAAGCUUUAUAAAUAUGGUGAAAUCAACUUUGAUGAUUUGAACAGCGAGAAGAGCUAUAGCCGAAGCUUUGGCUACAGUCGCAGCAAGCUGGCCAACAUCUUGUUCACUAGAGAGCUGGCGAGGCGUUUGGAGGGCACUGGAGUCACUGUCAAUUCUCUCCACCCUGGAAUAGUCCGGACCAAUCUAGGAAGACACAUCAAUAUCCCCACUUUGAUAAAACCCGUAUUUCAUGCUGUCUCCUGGGCUUUCUUUAAAACUCCAGAGGAAGGAGCGCAAACAUCUGUCUAUUUGGCUGCCUCACCAGAUAUAGAGGGGAUAUCUGGGAAAUAUUUUGGUAAUUGCAAAGAGGAAGAACUCCUGCCAAAAGCUACGGAUGAUCUAGUGGCUAGAAAACUGUGGGGAUAUCAGUGAAGUUAUGGUUGGACUUAUCAAAUAA